AUGUCCACGUCCGAUUUGGUCGGGUACACGCACGACUUCCUCACCGAAUUCAUUCAGCUCUACCGAAGCUUCCCCUGCUUGUGGCAGGUCAGGUACAAGGGAUACAAGGACAGGGAGACGGUGAUAAGGAAGAUCAACACCCUGAGAACCGCGUUCAGGAGAGAGUACAAGAAGGUGCGGAGCUCGCAAAAGAUGGUGAGGAAUCCUCAGCAGCGAUACAAAUCUUCGUUAUGGUAUUACGAUAUUUUGAAGUUCGUCGCGGAACAAAACGAGGCGGCGAGUCCGCUGGACGAGGACAGGGACGUUAAGAACGCCAUGGCCCCGGCGGAUCUCUCUCAAGAGGAGAUGAUGAUGAUGUCCGUGCAAACCGACGUAGACAAGAUCGAGCCACCGUCGCCUGUACCGUCUCCGGAAGCUAGCCCCGUCCCGGCCUUCCAACCGGUCAUCUUGGAGACCGAAGGCUCGUACGCGAGAAGAAUCUCCUCCUCCGGACUGGCCGAUCCUUCGAGAAGAAAAUACCAUCAGGAUGGUUUUCAGGAUCGCCAUCAAACCAAGGAGCCGACGCGCGACCUCUCCCCGCGACAGUUUGCCAGCUGCGUGACGGACGAUGAUUUCGAGACGUUCGGCCGUUACGUGGCCAGUAAAUUGAGGAAGUCGAUGCCUCGGCAGAGUAUCAUCGCCGAGAAGGUAAUCGCGGACGUCCUCUUGAGAGCCAAUCUCGGUACCUUGGAGGAGACCACUUGCCUCACGGAGAAAGUACCGUCGCGUUGCUUCUUGGUCAUGGGCGAUCGUUGAACGCGCACCACCGCCGUCCUUUUUUUUCUCCAUCAUCCACCUAUGUAUUAAACCAACCUACGUACAUAUGUACUUACUUACAUCUCCGCUACGGAACGCCAACGAG